AGUCUUCGCUCCCUCCCAUCUCAAAGUAAAACAAAAGCGCACACACCACCGAUACCACCACCACCACCAAACUCUCUCUCUCUCUCUCUCUCUCUCUCUCUAGGGUUUUCCCCAAUCAAAAUUCCAUCUCUCUGCAAAUCAAUCCGAGAUCGACUUUAUCUUCAUGGAGGUUCCUCCUGGAAUGGAAGAGAGCGGCAAGUCUGAGGCCCACUUGACCUCCCCAGCGGCUUUUGUGGAGGGUGGAAUCCAGGAAGCGUGUGAUGAUGCUUGCAGUAUAUGCCUUGAGGCUUUCUGUGAUAGCGAUCCUUCUACGUUGACCGGUUGCAAGCAUGAAUUUCAUCUUCAGUGCAUUCUUGAAUGGUGUCAGAGAAGCUCCCAAUGCCCUAUGUGCUGGCAGCCCAUCAGCUUAAAAGACCCCACCAGCCAAGAACUGUUUGAGGGUGUAGAACGGGAGAGAAGUUAUAGGUCAAACCCACCUCGAAGUACUGCAAUAUUUCAUCAUCCAACUCUUGGCGAUUUUGAACUACAACAUUUACCUGUGGGUGUGAAUGAUGCUGAACUUGAAGAGCGUAUAAUUCAGCACUUAGCUGCUGCUGCUGCAAUGGGUCGGGCACGCCAUAUUGCCAGAAGGGAGGGCCAGAGAAAUAGGUCAUCAGGUCAAGGUCGGCCACAAUUCCUGGUCUUCUCUACUCAUCCUAAUGCACCUCCUACCACAGCUUCUUCCUCCCCAGAUCAGAUGGGAGAGGGUGAACAAGCUCCUUCCGUUGCAGUAACUUUUCCGUCACCUCCUAUGAAUGCUGGAGUAGAAACUUCUCGAGUGACUACUUCAGGACCUUCUUCUCAAUCUGGUCCUGUUUCUGCCUCAGCAUCUGGAUCUAGUGUCCCUCCAUCCAAUCAACAUGGGUCUUCCAUAAGUACUAGGAGGUCUCCUAAUCAGUCGUCCCCAAGUAGCCAAGAUAGAGCUGGGCCAUCAGAUUUACAGUCAUUUUCAGAAAAUCUGAAGGCUCGAUUCAGUGCAGUGUCAAUGAAAUACAAAGAGUCGAUUUCAAAGAGCACAAGAGGUUGGAAGGAGAGAUUGUUCUCUCGCAACAGUUCUGUUUCCGAUCUUGGUCCCGAAGUUAAAAGAGAGGUUGAUGAAGGGAUUGCAACAGUAUCACGCAUGAUGGAGCGUCUGGAAACAAGAGAAAAUAAUAGAAUCAAUGGUGCUUCUGGAUCAGAUAGUAUAGACAGUUCAGUUCCCGAAUCAGAAAAUAGGCGAAUAUCAGAGAAUGGUGGUCAAAAUUCUCUGAGUGAGCAGAAUAAGCCAGCUACAUGUGCUGCAGGCUCUAGUUCAAAUUAGAAAUUAUUCAGCAAUUGCAUUGAAGUCAAAGCAUUUGCUUUUAUAAGGUGGAAUUCUCUCUUUUCCAGUUACCAGAUCUUGUUUGCCAUACCCUUCCGGACUUCCAGUGGAUAUUCCUUUUACAUUUGGAAAGGGCAUUGCUGAGUAAGAUCUGAUUCAGAAUAAAGAAACUACAGAAUGCUCUACUAUUUAGACCUGGAUAUCAUCACAUGCUUGUAUAUAUGUUUAUAUUAUAACUUAUUUAUGAAUAUAUUUUGGAUGUAUGCAUAGGCUCACUAGAUGUUUCGAAAGAUUUUUGGCUAAUACGUACAUGUAUCCUCUGUUGUCUUCUCAUGGGAAAUAUUUUGGAUGUA